AAACCAAACAGCGAAGUUCUUCAGUAGGAAAUCAAUUCUACCAACCGUUCAGUUUCUGGGUGGAACCUAAAAUGUGUGCACCACUCUCUUAUCAUAGCCGCAGCCGAAACUACCCGGUAAUAAGAAAUUGCACACAGUCAGCCGCAUCGGUUGCAAUUUUCCAGAGUAGGGACCCGCGAGGGAUCCAACACGUGCGCCUAGCUUAGUCAGCACGACCAUUCAGCAACUUAGUCCAUCGAGAACCGCGGUCGACUUGAGACCAAAGCCACAAUCGGCAUACUGUGAGGCCCUCUCAGUGCAGUUUUAUAGUUUUGUUUUGUUGUUGUGCAUUGAGCGUGUGCGAGUGUGUGUGUUUUUCCUGGUGCAUCCAGCCGCGGUGAUCAUCUAGUGGAGAAAUAGGAAGAUGCAAAGCAUACGCGACAUUGGCACAACGCCGUACGAGCCUGCCCCUCGAGGGGAAUCGCUACGGAAACUACGCAAUGGAAACUCCACCGGACGGAACAGCGGGCUGGAUUCGUUGAAGUUUGCCUUCUCGAUUGUGCUCGAUUGUUUGACGUUUGUGGUGAUGGUGAUUCCCAUUCUGGUUCGGUAUGCGGUUGGCAUAUUCGUGCCACAGCAGAGGAAGAAAAUCAACGGACAGCUGGCUCUGGUGACUGGUGGUGCGAACGGACUCGGACGGGAGAUUUGUCUGCAGCUGGCACAGCAAGGCUGUCACGUUGCGGUCAACGAUUUGGAUGCCACCAAUGGGGAGAAGACGGCCGACGACCUGCGGAAACUGGGUGUGAAGUCCAAGUUUUUCAAGGCCGACAUUUCCAGCUUUGAUGCGGUGCAAGGACUGCGGAAGGAAAUCGAAAGCAGCUUGGGACAUGUCGAUAUCCUGGUCAACAACGCCGGGGUGCUUCCGUUGAUGUCGAUCCGGGAAGGCAAACCGGAAGAUAUCCAGAAGGUGUUGGAAAUCAACCUGCUGUCGCACUUUUGGACAAUUCGAACUUUUAUUGAUGGGAUGAUCAAGCGCCGAAGAGGUCAUAUCGUAGCUGUUGCUUCUGUGGCUUCCUACCUACCGCAAGGUCGAAUGGUCAGCUACGUUGCCUCCAAAUACGGCGUCCGUGGAUUGAUGGAAGCAUUCAGCGAUGAACUGUACUUCGAGGGUUUGUCGGAACAGAUAUUCACCACAAUUGCUUUCCCCUUCUUCAUGCCUACUCGGAAGGAUCUUAUUGACAUGCUGUGUAAAUUAAAAAUCAUCGGAAGAGUGCCAAUGUUCCCGCCGGAAAGCAUGGCUAGUUCCAUCGUCAGUGGAAUCCAGAAGAACGCCAAGCGUGUAUUUCAGCCGAAAAUUUUAGCUCCGGGACUGACGCAGUAUGAAUACCUUCCAAACGAUAUAAAAAGACUAGGUCGUAAGCUUGUUUUCAGAUCGGAUAUACCACGGCUGAUGCCACUGCCUGAAUAUGCUGAUUGAUGAAUGAUAUCAGUUUUCUAUUUUAAGUUUAAACUUCCACCGGAAUAGGCUUUUAAUCAAUGCUGCUAGAAUUUAAGUUUAUAAUGGGAAUGGAACAAACGCUACUCUUACUAUGUAAUCGGCUUCCAGUAUCGCCUGUAACUCUGCAAUACGGAAUAAAGCUACCUGUUGGCGCAAACGGUUGCCGUACCUGUAAAAGACAAAAAGAAGAAUCAUUUUAGUACUCGAGGCAAACGGUAGGUAGAUUGAAAGCAGUUUUCAGUGAUGCUUGGCACAAAGUAAUUUCGAAUUAAUUAUGAUUUUCCUAG